AUCCACUUUUUUGCGUUUUCUGAAUUUGUACUUUCUACUUUCUACUGAUGUUGUACAGGACAUCAUCAUCUUGUCAUCUAGGGAAUUUCUUGAAAGUAAUAUGGUGUUUUUUUUAGUGUAGAAUCAGCCUCUAAAUGGCGCUGAUUAUUAACAGUAAAAAAAAUUAAUAAACCAAGAUUUGUCGAUAGUAUAUAGUGAAAAUAUGAGUGUUGAAGAAUCUCUUGCCAAUGGCUCUGCCGAAGCCGAGGAUGUCGUCACACCCUGGACCGUGUCCAGUCAAAAUGACACUGGGAUUGACUACGACAAGUUGAUAAAAAAAUUUGGGAGUUGCAAAAUAGAUGAUGAGAUGCUCAAAAGAUUUGAAAAACUCACUGGUAAAAAGCCACACCAUCUACUUCGUCGAGGGAUCUUUUUUUCUCACAGAGACGUGAAUGUAAUACUGGACUCUUAUGAGAAAGGAAAGCCAUUUUAUUUGUACACUGGCAGAGGGCCAAGCUCAGACUCAAUGCACUUGGGCCAUCUUAUUCCAUUUAUGUUCUGUAAGUGGCUGCAAGAUGUAUUUGAUGUUCCUCUUGUUAUUCAAUUGUCUGAUGACGAAAAAGCCAUCUGGAAAAAUUUGGACAUUGAACAGGCUGUGAAAUUGUCCUAUUUAAACGCAAAAGACAUUAUCGCGUGUGGUUUUAAACUUGAAAAAACCUUUAUUUUUUCGAAUUUAGAAUACAUGAAUUCUGCUUUUUAUAAAAAUAUGAUAAGGAUACAAAGGAGUGUGACUUUUAAUCAAGUAAAGGGUAUUUUUGGAUUUGGGGACAGUGAUCCAAUUGGAAAAAUUAGUUUUCCCCCAACACAGGCAGCCCCGGCUCUGUCGAGUACUUUUCCUUUUAUAUUCAAGAACAAUACAGUUCCAUGUCUGAUUCCAUGUGCAAUUGAUCAAGACCCGUAUUUCAGAAUGACCAGGGAUGUAGCUCCAAAAUUGAAUCAUCCAAAACCUGCCCUUCUGCACUCCUCAUUUUUUCCUGCUCUCCAAGGUCCAAAAACUAAAAUGUCAGCCAGUGAUAAUAAUUCUGCCAUUUUUCUGACAGACACGGCAAAACAAAUAAAGACUAAAAUUAAUAAAUACGCUUUUUCUGGUGGCCAGGCUACUAUUGAAGAGCACAGAGAAAAAGGAGGAAACUGUGAUGUUGAUGUAUCAUACCAGUGGUUAAAGUUCUUUUUAGAAGAUGAUGAUAGGCUGGAGGAAAUCAGAAAAGGUUACACUAGUGGUGAAAUUUUGACUGGUGAAAUAAAAAAAGAGUUAAUAGAGUUACUGCAAAAACUUGUGGGUAAUCAUCAAGAAAUAAGGAACAAAGUUACAGAAGAAGACGUGAAAAGAUAUAUGGAACCACGAGACCUUGGUUUUGUUGUUAAAAAUUCAUGAAACUGCCAAGUACAUUAAAAUAACUGUUGUCUAGU